AUGAUUUCUGUGACAAGUAAAAGCAUUGAUUAUGCUGGGAAAAACUUGGUUUCUUGUGGAUGCUCCUCCAAUGCUAACACUGGGAGAAGCUAUGCUGCACCUACUGUUAAUGGUGGAACUCAUGCAAUUCAAGGAAUUCCAACAGGAUUGGACUUGAAGAGUUAUUCAGAAACCCCCAUAUCACCAUCAAAGUUGUUUGAAGUAGUUGCUGAUGACCUGCAGACACUCAACAAAAAUCUUCAAUCGAUUGUAGGUGCAGAAAAUCCAGUUUUAAUGUCUGCAGCUGAGCAGAUAUUUAGCGCCGGUGGGAAGAGGAUGAGACCGGCUCUGGUGUUCUUGGUGUCACGGGCUACAGCAGAGCUACUUGGCUUGAAGGACCUUACUGUCAAGCAUCGACGGUUAGCAGAGAUAAUCGAAAUGAUUCAUACUGCAAGUUUGAUACACGAUGAUGUAUUAGAUGAGAGUGACUUACGACGAGGGAAGGAAACUGUUCAUCAAAUGUUUGGAACAAGAGUGGCAGUGUUGGCCGGAGACUUCAUGUUUGCACAGUCGUCGUGGUAUCUUGCCAACCUUGAAAAUAUUGAAGUUAUUAAACUUAUCAGCCAGGUUAUUAAAGAUUUUGCAAGUGGUGAAAUAAAGCAGGCUUCUAGCUUGUUUGAUUGUGAUGUUGAACUCGACGAGUAUCUAAUUAAGAGCUACUAUAAGACAGCCUCUUUGAUUGCUGCCAGUACCAAAGGAGCUGCAAUUUUUAGUGGCGCCGACCGAAACAUCACUGAGAAAAUGUUUGAAUAUGGAAAGAAUCUCGGUCUAUCCUUCCAAGUUGUGGAUGACAUAUUGGAUUUUACACAAUCGGCCGAGCAACUAGGCAAACCUGCAGGCACUGACCUUGCCAAAGGUAACCUCACUGCACCAGUGAUUUUCGCCUUGGAAAAAGAACCAAAGUUGAGGGACAUCAUUGAAUCAGAAUUCAGCGAGACCAGUUCCCUUGACGAAGCCAUCAAGUUGGUCAAGAGUUGUGGUGGCAUCGAAAGGGCGCAAGAAUUGGCGAAAGAGAAAGCUGAUCUUGCUAUUCAGAGUCUUCAAUGCCUUCCUCCAAGCAUAUUUCGAUUAGCUCUUGAAGAUAUGGUAGCCUAUAACCUUCAAAGGAUUGCAUGAGCAUUUGCAUUGCAGAGAACAUAUUAUUGAAAAGAAAAUCAGAAGAACAUUCUUUGAUACUAAUAGAAGGAUGAGAAUCAUGACAUUUGAACUUAUGUCAUUUCAAGAAUUUCCAGCAAAUGCUUCCACAUGAGCUACUUUGGGGGGGUUAUAUUAUAGAAAUUGAAGGACAAAGCAAACACAGUGUCAUCACUUAAUAUAUUUGCAACUUGCAAAUUAAAUUACAUGGAAAAUAAUAUAUAUAUAUACUCCAUUGUUGUAUAAACAGCAUGUCUGCAAUAUUUUUUUUUUCCCAUAUCUUGAAAAGGGGAGGGAAAAGAUGAUAAAUUGUCUUUUGUAUCUUUUUCUUCUGUAUUUUGUGAAGAUACCAUACAAUUGAGCUUGUGAAAUCAUCAUUUCUCGUCA